AUGAUUACGAUAGCACAAUUCCAGAACUGCUUUCAUGCGUGUUUUGGGGCAACGACCGUUAAGGCGCCAAGACGUCUAGCCAUCGCAUUAUCUGGUGGUGUGGAUUCGAUGUGUUUGGCUUAUCUUCUUUCUCAGUACAAGCAGGUGUACGAGCCAAGCUUGGAGCUCCAUUCUAUAACCAUAGACCAUGGAUACAGGUCUGAUUCGGAAAUUGAGGCCCAGAAAGUUGCGCAAGUGGUGCAAAACUGGGGUAUAUUACCGUCGGUCUCUCGUUUGAAAUAUAGUUGCAACCCUGCAAAAAUUUCCAAUUUCGAAGAAGUAGCCCGUACGAUGCGGUACGCCGAGUUCGAAAGAUUUUGCCGUGGAAAUAACAUUGAAGGACUUUUGGUGGCACACAACUUGGACGACCAAAUUGAAACUUUUAUCCAACGGCUCCGUCAGAAUUCGUCAAUAUUUGGACUUGCAGGCUUAAAGAGAGCUACCACACUUCCAGUUGCAACUAAUGAGCCGAAUGAGAGACCAAUUCCUCUCUUUAGGCCUCUUUUGCAAUUUCCAAAGUCUGAAUUGAUCAGCACUUGCAUUGCGAAUAAGAUACAGUGGUUCGAAGACUCAACAAACCAAGACGCUAAUUUGACUGAGCGCAACUUCUGGCGCUCCGAACUAAAGAAACCCGAUGACGAGUCAGUUAUUAAUCGAGAUCAGUUCUUGCAAACUUUUCUGGAAGUGGAAACUGUGGUCAACGAGCUUCGAAAGAAGGUUAAAGCGCUCAAACUUCAUGUUUUUGGUACCGAGGAAUGCGAAUAUGCUCGUAACGGAACAUUGAGCUUUCAGAUUCAGUACUCAGUACUUUCCAACCUUUCUGCUAUGGUAUUCAGUCGUUUUCUUUUUCAAAUAUUGCAUCCUAUAUCUGCGUCUCGCGAUUACCACUGGAUGUACGCAAAGCUAGAACGGCAUGCUGUACCAAGAAUCAUGAAGCAUUUUGUUGUAUCUCAGAACAGAGUAGCAUUGCGCCUAACAUAUCUCAAUAUUCUAUGGAAUAUUGAACGAAUUGAAGAUACCUUACAUUUCCAUUUUGAAAGGCAGCCUAUACCUCAGAAUGAGUAUGCUCAUAUAUCAACCAGCAUAAAUCCAGACGGAAAGAGUACACUUUUUGACAAUAGAUUCUGGAUAAGACUAAAGAUUGCUACUAAGAACAAAGUCAGUGUGGAACCUUAUGAUCCAAAAAGACAUAAAAAAAUCAUUCGUCAAGCCUUUCCUGAAUUGAAGAAGUUUUCCAACUUAUCGAAAUCCCUUAAACUGACCCCAAUUGUUAUUGCACAAGAUAUUAUGGCAGUUCCGGUUCUCGAUAAGGUCAAGGCGAACAUUCCAGCUGACGUGGAAGUGCAACUAAAAGCUAACUUAUUUACGAACUCGUAA